AUGAAGUCAUUUAUUAAUUAUUCCAAAGAUACUGAUUUCCCCAUUGAAAAUCUUCCUUACGGCAUAUUUUCAACGAAAGAUGAUCCAAAACAUAGGAUUGGAGUUGCCAUAGGUGAUUUUGUUUUAGAUCUUUCCAAAAUAAGUCAUUUAUUUAAUGGACCAUUGCUCAAGGAUAAACAAGAUGCAUUCAAACAAUCUGUUUUAAACUCAUUCAUGGAAUUAAAUCAUGAAGCCUGGACUGAAGCUAGAAAAUUAUUGCAGCAUAUAUUGUCUGCCAAGACGAAUCCUGCCGAUAUGGAAAUAGAGAAUUUUAUAAAAGAAAAGGCCUUAACCAAAAUUUCAGAAUGCCAAAUGCACCUUCCUGCAAGGAUAGGUGAUUAUACCGAUUUUUACUGCUCGAGAGGUCAUGCAAAUAACAUGGGAAAACUCUUUCGAGGCAAGGAUAAUGAACUUCCACCUAAUUGGCUACAUUUACCGGUGGGUUAUCACGGGCGAGCUUCCUCGGUUAUCGUUAGCUCCACACCCGUUACCCGACCCAAUGGUCAGACUCAACCUGCUAAUGAUAAACCCCCGAUCUUCGGCCCCAGCUCCAAACUGGAUAUCGAAUUGGAGAUGGCCUUAUUUGUCGGGGGGCCCGAGAAUCCUCUAGGAAAACCGAUUCCCAUAUCCGAAGCCCAUAAACGGAUAUUCGGACUCGUGCUCAUGAAUGAUUGGAGUGCCAGGGACAUCCAAAAGUGGGAAUAUUUUCCACUGGGCCCAUUCCUGGGAAAAUCUUUCGGCACAUCCAUUUCUCCUUGGAUCAUCACUAUAGACGCCUUGAGGCCCUUCAUAGUGCCCAACGUUGUGCAGGAUCCCGAAGCUAUGCCGUACUUGAGACACGCCGACGCUUUCAAUUUUAACGUUGAUCUGGAAAUCCUAUACAAAACACCCAAAAUGGAGAAGCCGGAACUGCUGUCUACUCCUAACAUGUCAAAGCAUUUAUAUUGGAACAUCAAACAGAUGUUAACGCAUCAUGCCAGCAACGGAUGUAAUUUGAGAGCCGGGGAUCUUAUGGGAACCGGGACCAUUAGCGGAAAUGAUCCUAAGGAAUUCGGUUCAUUGGUGGAGUUAAGCUGGAACGGCACUCGUCCCAUAGACCUCAAAACCAAAGAUGGCGCCGACAGUAGGUGUUUUCUGCAGGACGGUGACGAAAUCAUAUUGCGAGGCCAUUGUCACAACGAGGAAUAUAGAAUCGGGUUCGGGGAAUGUGCCGGAAAAAUAUUGCCAGCCCCACCCCAAUAAAUAAUUCUUCCAAAAAUUCAAAUCCUACUGCAUUUAAAUAUAAUUUAGUAGUGAUUUUAUUAUUAAAAUUAAGGAUUUUAUUUUAUACCAAAUUAUUUCUUUAUUAUAUCUUAUUUUCAAAAUAAAUAACCUAUGGUUAAAAUAUUACGACAAAAGAAAUAAAUAAAUAAAACCAUAU